AUGCGCAUGCGUGGCGUCAAAUUCAAAUUCCUCCCGUUCAUCGCGAGUACCGCCAACAUGUCGGUUGUUUCUUCGAAUUGUGAUCUGGAGAAUGACGUUUGUGAUGAUCAAGAUGCCAGGAAGAAAUUCGACACUAUUAUGAACGUUACCCUGAAUAAUUACCGCAACAAUAUCACCCAGGAUAAUCUGAAUUCCACCACACGGGCCCCGGUGUCGUGUGUGUCUUGCAAAAGUUUACGUUCAGUGAACGAAAUUUGUCGGUUGGUUUCGUCUCAAUUCGAAAACAAUUUGGAUAAACAAAGUCGAUUGACAAAAAUUGAAAAAGAUCGGGCGAAACAAAGAUUUUCAGAGAUCUACAAUAAAGUAUUUCGAGAUAAUGUUCUGGUUGAUGGAGAACCUUGUCCUGUUGAUGAAGAUGGAAACACAACUUCAGAAUUUGAGCCCGUUGAUUUAGAGAAAAAGAAAUCUAUCACCGAAGUAAUGAUUCCUGCUCUUGAUGAUGCCAUCUUGAAGACUGUAACCCUGAGGAAAAACGUACCAAAAAUCUGCCGAAAACACUGGAAAAGUUACAGCAGCCGUGAAACACGGUACUUGAACUCUGUUCAGAUUACAAAUCUCCCAACAUCCAACAAAGACAAAAUUGAUGCAAUGGCUGCAGUUGUUGACAAAAUAGAAGCUGACCACAGCACAGUGGCUACGACAAUUAAGGCUAUAGGGGUCAUGUCCAAGGAUGUCGUUGAAGACUGUGGCAAACUGGAGAACCUUUUAAUCGUAAAGGACAUGGAGACAAAGAUAAGAAAUAGUGAAACCUACAAAGCCAUGUAUGAUGAGCCAAAGAAAUGCAUGACCCCUCAGAAGAGGUCAAAGCUGAUUGACCAGUGUCCUGAAAAAAAUGAUGUCAUUUUCAUUCUCCCCCAUAACUUAUCUCACCAUCUAUCUCUCUCUCUCUCUCACCAUCUAUCUCUCUCUCUCACCAUCCAUCCAUCCAUCUAUCUAUCUCCACUCACCGUCUAA